AUGAAUAAGGAUCAAUUAAAAAUUUGUUUAGAAAACAUUGAUGAGUACGUGAGAGGCUAAAAGAGAUUAGAAAGAAAAAAUAAGAUAUUGGCUUAAUCUAAUAAAUUGAAAACUAUUCAAAACUAAAAAAAUUCAACUAAAAUUUAAGAAGAAAAUAUUACAACUAAAGUAAAAAAAUAAGUUAAAAAAAGUGAAAAAGAGAAUCAAAAAAAAAUAUAACCAGAAAAUUAACAUCAAGUACAGAAAGUUAUCAGACCAAAAUCAAAGAUUCAACAAUUUUUAGAAGAAGUGCAUGUUAAAAUUCUACCUUUCAAUAAUAUUUGUGAAUAAAUUGAAAGGUUUUUUUAGUUUAAGAACAAGGUAAUUGAAGAGAGUGCAUAUCAUUCAAAUUAACCCUGUAUUUAUGAACCUAUAUGUAAAACAAAAUCAGUGAAAGCAAUCAAAACUAGAGCUAGCAUUAGUCCAAUUAGCACUAAAUAAACUGUUUCUAUCAGAAAUAAACAAAACAAAAAAAAUCCACUAGACUUCUUCUCUUUUAAUAGCAAAUUUAAAAAAUUAACAUUGUAUUAAGAGGAUAUUUCAGACACUUGCGAAUUGGUGAAUGGAAUAAGAAUAUUAUAUCUAAAUAAGUAGUGA